AUGUCUGCCUCCGAACCCUAUGCGGACCUUGACACCCUGAGGUCUCUUGUGGCUCGGAGCACGGUAGAUCGCCUGAAAGCUAUAAUCGCCGGCUUCGCAGCCGAGUGCCAUACGUCGAUCAGCAAGUACGGGAAGAAGAACGAACUCAUUGACCGAAUAUGCGAAUCCCUGUCCAGUUGGAAGGCACGCUCCGACCUCACCAACUUCAACAAGGCGCGCGGGGUCAUCAUCCAGGUCAAGAAUACGGGCAGCUUCUCUGGAUCCACACCAAUGCCCUUUUCUCUCACAAGCGCCGGCGCCUCGACUAAGCCACGCUACGCCCCUCCCUAUGUACCCCCGUUGCCGAGCACACGUGCGCCACUGGUAACAACGCUACCCGCCAGUGCAAGUGCACCGGCCGCAACCGGCCUGCGUCCAACAUAUCGACCGAAGCCGUCACCAUUCUUCACCAACGAGCAAUCUGUCUCCCUAGUUGUCGAAUGCCCCGAGUCUGCGGGCGCACAGGAUCGCCGGCAGCAGGCAUUGAAUUUCACUUUGACCAACGAACACAUCGCCAAAUUGCGCUCGACGACUGAGACUUGGCAACUUCGUCUUUACUGCACCUCAAGUUCGUUCUACGGAGUCGGUGCCGCAGCGUAUCGGUUUAGCAACUCACCUUGUCCAAUCGAGUUUCCACCGACAUGCGAGAUUCGCGUCAAUCAGACGCAGCUCAGCGCGAGCACAAAGGGUCUCAAGAAGAAGCCUGGUACAGCGCCGCCACCCAAUCUUGGCAAGACGGUCAACAUGAACCCCGGCGCGUCCAACAAGGUCGACCUUAUAUACGUAAACAGUCAACAGAACAACAACCAGACGCCCACACCGCCAAAGAAAUAUUACAUGACGGUCAUGCUUGUGCAAUACACUAAUACCGAUCACUUAGUCGAGCGCUUAAAGAAGGGCAAGUAUGUCAGCGCGGACCGGAUCCGCGAGCAGCGGCGACUCCAGCAAUCGUCGGAUGACGAUGAUAUCGUGGCCGGUCCCUCGAAGAUAUCGCUCAAGUGUCCCUUGAGUUACAUGAAGAUCGCGACCCCGGCUCGCUCUGCAGCCUGUGUUCAUCCGUCGUGUUUUGACGCCAUGUCUUGGUUCUCUGUGAACGAGCAGACUACGACGUGGACGUGCCCGAUCUGUGAGAAGCCGAUCAACCAGGAGGAGCUUAUCGUUGACGGAUAUUUCGACGAGAUCUUGAAGGCUACGCACGAGGACACCGAAGACGUGAUGGUCCAGGCUGAUGGGGAGUGGCAUACUGCGGACAAUGAAUACGCAUCACCCGCCUGGAAGCUCUCACACCCCACACAUCCUGUCGCGCCACCGACUCCUGCGCCCUCUGCGGCUCCGACGGGAGCACCCAGUCAUUCGCCUGCCGCAGCCGGGUAUGCGUCGGGCAGCGGGAGCGGCAAGGAGAAGACUUCGAUGCCUCCAGGGCCUGAUGUCGAGGUCUUGAUACUCGACUCGGACUCUGAGGAUGACCGACAGGUCAAGCGCCAGUUGGUGCGCAACGGACCUGCCUCGAGUUCCUCGGUAUCAGGAUCAUACCCGCCGGACUCGCAGAGCAACACCGUCAUCGAUCUAACGCUGUCAGACGACGAAGAUACGCCGCCUCCAGUCAGGGCCACGCUACCUUUAACAAGAAAGCGUUCCGCUGUCGACGACGUGCAAAUGCAGAGCGGGAAACGUGCCCGAACCGAGGAUUCAACUGGUAAAGUCGCCGCUCCCCAUCGUUCGGCCUUUGGUAGUAAUCGUGGGGCAAGUCCGUAUGUGAACGACGGCACUCUUUAUUCCGCACAGUACUCGCCAGCACCCCGCAUCAAGGAAGCAUGGUCGCCGCCGCCGGCUACUCCUGUGGCCCAGCACCCGCUUUUCUUGCCGACAUCACGUCCAGCCUCCGCAAAGGCUGCCUCUCCGUCUUCAUCCUCCCCGCCGCUCAGUACCGCCUUACUGAAUCAACCACUACCAUUCUUCACCCCGCGGUUUGAUCCUGGUCCUCGUGCCGCGUCGUCCUCGGUGUCCCCGUUCGGCGGUGGUCCCCUGCCGCCACCCUUUCCUGGAAUGCACAUGCCGUCUUACAACGAGCGACCUGCGCCGCGGUUCGGUCAACCUCCAGAGUGGCAUUGA